AUGGUCGCCCUCCUGACCCCGGCGUGCAUUGGCUUCCUCUUCGCCUUGGUCCUGCCGCUCGCCUGGGUCACGGCACUCGUUCUUCAGCCAGGCCUCCAGUCGGUCUUCAAUUUCAAUGAAACGCUGCAGCAGUGGCCGACGGGCUGCGCCGUCAACCAGCCGUUCCACGGGCUGCUGCAGGCACGCAUGUGGGCGCUCUUCACAGGCUUGUGGAUGGAGACGACCAUGGUGAUUAAGACGACGCGGAGCUUCACGCGUCCGGCCAGCUUUGGCAAGUCCGGUGCGGCUACGUCUCUGGUGCCGCUCAUCUUGGGCAUGUUCAUGGGCCCAUUGCAGCCGCUUGCUUUUGAGGGCAUCGACGCCCAAUGCCCCGACACUGCACGCCUCAUCGCCUACAUCGUGAUCGCCAUCGGCUCCAACGGGAUCAAGCUCGCGCUCCGGCUCCACUCGAGCCUCAUUCCCGCCGCUGUGGCCUCACCCUCGCCGCUGUCGCGCUCUCGCGCGCUGCAGGCGUGGCUGGCCACAUCGCUCGUCGAGAUUUUGUCACUGGAGGUGAUCCUCUGCACCGCCGUCGAGCUGCGCUCGGGCCCGCCAUUCGAGAGCCAUUCGACGACAUGUGCGGCGCAAGGCUUUAAGGAGUUCUUCUUUCCCAGGCUUCGCGGCUUCGUCUACUUUGAGUAUGCGCAGCUCGUAAUCACCGCCUUGUGGGUACACGGCUGCUGGCAACGGCAGGGCGGCGCGACGGCACGCAGCUCCACGGGAGGCAUUGCGCUAACGUCGCUCCCGCCAAGAGGGACUCUGGUUCACACCACUUUUCCGCAUUACUGUUUUAGCUUUUACUCCGCCUCUCUCCGCCGCGAGAUUAUUGGAGUCUUUUUUUUGCGGUUCUAA